UUCGAUGUACAACAGGCAUCAUGGCCGCCAUGUGGACCAGAAAGCUACCAUCAAGGUUACAGUCUCAGAAUUGCUUUCGAAGACUCCAAAGUAGUGUCUCUGCAGUCACAGUAGACGAUGCACAAGAAAGAAAAUCAAUUUAUCCUCCCAUCAAACCACGGUUACCCCCAGGGAAAUGGGGCGACAUGGAGCCUAUAGUUGCCUGGGAUUGGUACGAUUGCAGACAGAGGUUCCUGAACCUACCGACUGUAGCAGAAAGAAUACAUCUCAUGGACACAGAGUUCUGUCAAGAUAAAAGAUGUCACAAAUACUGGAACUUUCCUUUAUUGAACCGAACACCAGGAAACUUAAAGUACCAACAAAUCAUGACAAAGACUGUGUUAAAAGAAGUCCAAAAUUUAAAUGGAAUUCCAUGUUUUGAUAAAAUUAAAAACGACGAAGUGGUCGACGUGAAAAACUUCCUCGGACCAACUGUGCAGGAUGUGCUCACGGAAGAACUGACACAGCUUGAUCGCAGACAUGCGAAGCCCUUGUUGGGUUACAAUGACGAAAGAGUGACAGAAGAUAAACAUACAGAUAUUAUUUUAAAACGUCUUCUAUAUGUUAUAUCUACUACUCUUGGGAACAAGUACCCUCAUCUCUUUGACAUGCAGAUCACAGAAAAUGUAGAAUUAUCAGCUCAUUGGGAGAAGUAUGGAAUCAAGAGGUUGAACUUGCCAAAUGUUGUAAGAAAGCGCCAUCCUAUGCAUAACAUGUAUGAAAUGAAGACACUUCAUAGAAAACGAACACCUUUUGAAUUGCAAUUAAAUUCAAGAGUGCAUGCCAGUGGGAAAGUUAGCUUCAUGGUUAGAAGUGAAAGUCCACUCCCUGAAUUUAGUAAGGAUGUCCAAGAAGCUCACUUUGAAGAGAAGGAGCUGAAAGAAGAUAGACUGCUUGCUUGGGAACAGAAGGUUGCAGAGGAGAAAGCCAAGGUGGAGAAGCUAGGGAACCCAUUAAAGCUGGAUAAGGGACCCAGCCCAUUCCUGUACCCCAAGAUCUACGGCGCUUCAUUUAGCGAUGAACUCAUCACAACAAAUCCAGGAUACAAUUUGGGAGACCCAGCCCAGUUUAGCUACAUGUUUAUUCAAAAUACUAACAAGAACAAAUUGCUGAAGAUGGAACAAGACUACGGAGAAGAGUACACCAGUCAAGCUAAGAUUGGCUGGGGGAUGAGCACAGGUUUCGCUUGGAAUGUGGCCAUGGCUCAUUACCAAGGAUUCAACAGCUAUGUGGACAUUACCUAUCCUUUCACGAAUUUUGGAAUUCUAACAGACGGAAGAAAAUUCCAGUUCUUUGCAAACCAGCUAAACACUUUGGAGUUAUGGAAGAACAACGAAGCCAACCCAAUCCACAACUUGUGCUGGUACACUCCAGAAAUGGCACUGUAUGAAGCUAUUGAAGACAAGAAAUUAGUGAACUUUGAUCUGAAUGUCCUGGAACACUUGAUCACCUUCCUCCUGUGUCAGCCCGAGGACCGAGGGUACGACAUGAAGCCGACGAUCCCCGGCGAUUCACUGGACAGGGUGAAUGUGGACAAUUGGAUAGAGUUCAAGGACAAGACACCAGUGGUGGAGAAGGAAGUGGUGUAUGACGAGUCACAGCUGAUUCACUGAAUAACUAACUGAAUAACUGAUUCACUGAAUAACUAACUGAAAAACAUGUGGGAUAACUAAGUAACUGAAUAACUGGUGGGAUAACUAAGUAAUUGAAAAACUGGUGGGAUGACUAAGUAGCUGAUUAAAUGAUGGGAUAACUAAGUAGCUGAUUAAAUGAUGUGAUAACUAAGUAGCUGAAUAACUGAUGGGAUAACUAAGUAAUUGAAAAACUUGUAGUAUAACUAAGUAACUGAAACAGAAUAACUGAUGGGAUAACUAAGUAGCUGAAUAACUGAUGGGAUAACUAAGUGACUGAAAAACUGAUGGGAUAACUAAGUGACUGAAAAACUGAUGGGAUAACUAAGUCACUGAAAAACUGAUGGGAUAACUAAGUAACUGAAAAACUGAUAUGUUAACUAAGUAACUAAAUAUCUGUCUGGAUAACCUAAUAACUGACUAGACAACUUAGUGGUUAAAUAAGUGGUUCAGUUACUUAAGGGCACUGAAGGAGUUACUGAGGGCUCUGCUUUGAAUAACAACUGAAAUUGUUUCUUCAGAUUACGAAGUGAUGACUGACUGAUUGAGUUGUAAAGAUGUAUUUGUGAAUGUGAUGAGUCAAAUUUGGAUAUUUAUUGAGUUAGUCAUGUUUUAUUACCUGUUUUCACUUAUAGCAGCAUCAUUGUUCAAUUUUCUUUUAUAUGCACAUUAUGCAUAUGUGCAAUUUAAAGGAAAUGCUGUUUUAUACAUUUUGUGUAUGAUGAAGUAUUUGUGUCAGGGAAUUGUAGGCUGUACUGUUUUGUAUUAUGUUGAGAAAAAUAAAAAAAAUUAAAUUAACACCAAAGCCUUUAACAUACA